UGCCCUGUCCGGCAGGUGCUCUACUGACAGCACCCUUCCUCCUACAGCUCAGCUCCUCACACAGACCCAAGGAAAAAAGAACAGUAACCAGGAAAAAACUGUCCACAAUGCCACAAAACGUUAUUCUCCAAGGACCAGCACCCUGGGGAUUCAGGCUCUCCGGAGGAAUAGAUUUUAACCAACCCUUAAUCAUAACCAGGAUUACACCUGGAAGCAAGGCUUCAGCUGCCAACCUGUGCCCUGGUGAUGUUAUUGUAGCUAUUGAUGGUCUAAGCACAGAAAGCAUGACACAUAAUGAUGCCCAGGAGAGAAUUAAAGCAGCUGCACAUCAGCUUUGUUUGAAAAUAGAGAGGGCAGGAACUAAAUUAUGGUCUCCACAAGUUUCAGAGGAUGGCAAAGCACAUCCCUUCAAGAUAAAUUUGGAAGCAGAACCACAGGAUAUGAACUACUUUGAACACAAGCAUAAUAUUCGGCCCAAACCUUUCAUAGUCUCAGGCCGAAGCAGUGGAUGCAGCACUCCUUCGGGGAUUGACUGUGGCAGUGGACGCAGUACCCCCUCUUCAAUUAGCACGGUUAGCUCUAUCUGCCCUACCGAGCUGAAAGCAGUGUCUAAGAUGGCCCCUAACAUUCCCUUGGAAAUGGAGCUUCCUGGUGUCAAGAUUGUACACGCUCAGUUUAACACACCUAUGCAGUUGUACUCAGAUGACAAUAUCAUGGAAACACUGCAAGGCCAAGUUUCUACAGCUCUGGGGGAAACACCUGUAAUAAGUGACCCGUCUCCCAACUCAGUGCCUCAGUCUGACGUGUACAAGAUGCUGCAUGCCAACCAGGAGGAGCCCAGUCAACCUCGCCAGUCUGGCUCCUUUAAGGUGCUCCAGAAUUUAGUCUCCGAGGAAGGUGAUGGACGCCCCAUGGGUACAAGAAGUGUGAAAGCGCCUGUAACAAAGAUACCAACUGCCAUGCCUGGUGUCCAGAAAGUGCCACUGUGUGACAAGUGUGGGAGUGGGAUUCUAGGAACAGUGGUGAAGGCACGUGAUAAAUACCGGCACCCAGAAUGUUUUGUGUGCUCUGACUGCAAUCUCAACCUGAAACAAAAAGGCUACUUCUUUGUGGAGGGCCAACUAUACUGUGAAACUCAUGCACGAGCUCGCAUGAGGCCACCAGAGGGAUAUGAAGCAGUUACUGUUUACCCAAAAUGCUAGUCUUACGUUAACACACAAAUACAUGCAUGCACACAAAAAGCCAUUAACAGCUUAGAACUGCAAUACAAGUGUCAGGACUUCUGCCUGAUUCCAAAGUAGCAGCUUUUAAACCUUUUCUUGUGGGAUUCUGAGGGAGGUGGAAGUCCCUAUUAGCCAGCAGUAGCAUAUUAUGCCAGUAAAAUUCUGCCAAAAUAUUAUCUUUGAAGUUGCCAUUAUAAGUCAAUGAAGUAUAAACUAAGACAGCUGUACUGGAAUAAAAAAAGUGAAA